CAGCCAAUCAGCGCAGACGAUGGGCGACGAGAGCGAGGGCCGUGCGUGGCGAGCGAUCUCCCUCUCCUCCUCCUCCUCCUCCUCCUCCUCUUCCCCCUCUUUUCGAAAGCCCCGCGACCCCAAACCGUAAAAAAAAAGAGAAGAGAAAGGAGGGAAAAAAAAAAAAAACAAAGAGGCGCAGAGCAUAAACUAAACCCGAGCGAGAGAGACAACAAACCCCCGCCGGGCCCGGGGGUGGGGGGGGAGAGAACGCCGCCCCGAAGACACAAACAAACAAACAGAAGAAGAAGAAGAAGAAGAAGACGAAGAACGAGAGAGAGAGAGAGAGGGAGAGGGAGAGAGAAAUACGAGGAUGGUCGUGCACGCCGCCGCCGCCCGCUCGCGAUGGUUCAUGGCAGCAUGGAGAUAGUUCACGAGGGAAUGCUCAAGAAGUCCCCGCCGCCCAAGAGGCUCUGGCGGGCGAAAUGGCGAAUGCGAUGGUUCGUACUGCGUUCUGGGGAGCUCCCAGGGCAGUACUUCCUGGAGUAUUACACAGAUCGGACUUGCCGAAAACUGAAGGGCAAGAUCGACCUAGACCAGUGUGACCAGGUUGAUGCUGGUAUAGUCUUUCCUAAUCGGAAAUCAGAAUAUAGAUUCAUGUUUGACAUCAAGACCCCAAAGCGAAUCUACUACUUAUGUGCAGAGACAGAGCAGGAGAUGAACCGAUGGGUGGACUGUGUUUGUCAAGUGUGUGGCCUGAAGAUGUAUCCACAGCAGGAGGAUUACCCAUUACCAGCCUUGGAACCUCUUCCAGGUAACACCAUCCCUGCAACACCCCCUGCUCCCGUCCGCGUCCUGCCCUUGGACCAACCUCGGAUAGACUCUCCACCAAUUUCACCCACGUCUCAGAGUUCUUCCAUAUCUGGGCCGUACAUUCCCAUAAGUGAAUGUAUUACUGGGAAGAGAACCCCAAUAACUAGCCCCAGUUUCCCCUUCAGUGAUGACUUGCCUACCAUUGUCUCAACAGAGAAUCAUCGCUCUAGCAUACCAAAUGAGAUUGCUCCACCAGCACCAACCAUGUGUCCUGAAAGUCAUCCACCUCUGACACAGGCACCACCAGCUCCCAUGAUUAACACGGGGGCAAUACCACGUGAACCGUACGAUGGCCAACGAACAUUAAGGCCAUCGGGGGCAACCUCAGAAGAUACCCUGAGUGUCCAGUCACCAUUGGGAACUGAGGGAAGUAGUGUGUUCAGUGAUGAUGAGUGGGCCAACACUCCAUCUACAGUAGAAGCAACAUUUUUUAGUGACUCGGCUAGACCUACUGGAGGUAUGCAGAAUCCAAAGGAUUUACCCUGGGACAGCCAUGGAGCAACUGGGGGACUAGCAGGAAGCAGUGGUGUUGCCAGUUUACCAAGUGAAAUGAAAGGUAUGGUAAUCUCAGAAGAUGACCAGCACCAGGGUUCAGCUCCCCCAAGGCCCCCAAAGCCAGCACAUUUAACUGAGAUGCCUCAACAGACCUAUCAGAACUUGGACACUAUUGUUAGAACAACUCUGAUUAGAAAGAACAGUUCAAAUGAUAAAGUAAAGAAUGGCUUGGCUGGAUCACUGUCUUCACAUGAUGGUAACAUUGGAUCUUCUGACCCGGAGCCUUCCCCAGCUUCAGUCAGUAGUUCUGUGCCUCCGUCCACCCCACUUGACACUGAAGAUAUGCACUCUGCCUUGAGGAUGCCACAGCAAGAGACUGUGAGCCCACAGGCUGCAGAUAGACUGAAGCAAAGACACUGUUACAAUAACUUUGUUUCACCCUCUGUCCAAGGGCAGAUAUUUUCUUAUGACAUGCGUAUUCAUGACACAGUUGAAAAGCAUGGGGAGCUGGAUCCAAGGAUCUCACCUGCAGGCCUUUAUUCUAACAUCCCCCAGGCCAACAAAAGCCCACAACAUCCCCCAGCAGUUGAUCGUGGCCUUAAACCAAGGAAAGCUGCUGAUGGAAGUAGUAUUAGUUCAGAGUUGUCACCACCACCAUCUGGUGGCCCCCAGGAAAUUCUGGGUGCCGUGGGUGGAUCACCAGUUCCACCUGCAUCAGCACCUCCCAUGGUAGACAGAAAUUUAAAGCCCACAAAGAACAUACCAGACGCAGGAAGCAAACCCAUGUUUGUUCUCGACCCAGCCCCAGUCGGCCAUAGAAAGCACGAUCAAAGAAAACCAAGAGCUGCGCCUUCUCCAACUCCUCCGACCAUGCGCAAUGGAUGUAAUGGGAAUGAGAGUGGUGACGAAGCUGAUAGACUCUCCAGUCCAGGCAGCAGACGCAACUCUACCAAUGCAGAUGAGCAGAUUUUCUUUCCCUUGCAGAGUGCACGCCGUUCUCAACAUGAAAUCCAGUAUUUAGACCUGGACCUUCAUCCAGAAGCCAAGCACAGCCCAAAAUCCAUCAAGGCAAGUACACUGAAGAAUUGUGCCGGGGCUUCCGCUCCUUCAGUAGUGUACAAGACGGUCGACUUUGUAAAGACAGAAGCUUUCAACAAGAUGAGGAUCAACGUUGAAGACUCCUAUCGUAAGAACCAGUGAUCAGCUAACAGUCGUAAUUGAGAGCGUGAGUUGACUGUAGCAGUGCAAAAAAUGCAUAGACAAAGGAAAAAAAAAGCUGGCUCAGACUGCAAUUUGAGGUGAAAUGAUGUAAAGUCAUGUUUUAGGUACCAAAGCAGCUUUCCUUGGGUGGCCUUGUGAAUAUCCUUGAAAGCUUUAGAACAGCCACUCAUUUGCACAGCACACUGCUUGGUCCAGCUGCUUUAGGAAAAUGGUAAAUAGCAGUUUUGAACAACUUCCUUUGAUAAACAGUUGUUAUUAUACAAUAGUAAUUUAUAUGUCGAAGUUGUUGAUGAUUUACAAUCAUUAUUAAUAAGACGAAUACUGUCACACAGUUAAGUGCAAAGUGUUAUAUGUCAGUAAUAAGUAUAAAAUGGACAGAGUGUAUAUCAUGGGUUCAGGUAUGUACCUCUGUCCAAAUGGACCACAAUAAUCACCAAAGCUAAAGUGUCAAUGCACCAUGUUGCAUAAAUAGUGUUUUGGGUCCAAGACAAAGUAUUUAAGUAAACUAUAUUCUUGACUAUUCCCUUCUUAUAUUAUGCAUGGGAUAUCAAAAACUGUGAUGGAUCUACAAAAUUGACAGGUCUGAUAGAAUACCACAACCCCAUACUUAUAGCAGUGUUUUUAUUUGACUAUCCUAUAGAUCUUUGUCGAGAAAUAGGGUUGGUUUCAAUUGUAUUGUUAUUAUUAUUGAUUCUGAUUAUCAUUAUGAUUAUGUGACAGUUGAUUAUAUGACAGUGUCGCAGCUUUUAAUGGGGAAGGAUGGACGAGAAGUGAUUAGACGUGUUCUUUAACUUUAAAAUCACAUCAUGUAGUAGUAUUUUGAUUUUGAGAUGGGGAUGUGUGUGUUCUUUUAGAUCUUGUUAUUGCAUCCUUGAAUUUGUGUAUAGAAUUGAUUUUGACCAGAAGUUAAGCCAAUAGCACUUGGUCUUAACUCCACUUUAAUCCUAAGUAGCAGCUCAGAUAUGGAACUGAGAUUAAAGUCUUAAGUUCAGCACAAAAUACAUGAAUUUUUUACAUUGGCUUGCUUCUCCCAGGUUCAUCUGUUUUUAUCAAGGACAAUUUUUUAAUGUGUCCUAAAAACAUCCCCUAUGUACAAUCAAAAUAUCAUUUGAGUGAGCAGGUCUGCUUACAUUUGUUGUCUGGCAUCACCAAACGUGUCUGAAGCUGCCAGACGAAUUUUCUAGUUAAUUUGCUUUCCAACAGCACUAGGGUGAAGUGAACUGGAUGAGUGGGUCCAAAGCUAUGGUUGAUGAAAUGUUAAGAAAUGUAGGAAUUUUUGAAGCGAGUUUUGAGAAAGAAAAGAAGUGAGUUUUGUUUUACAUAUAGCAAUACUGAAUUACGUGUGGUCAGAGUCAGGAUCUACAUAAAGGCCAUUGUCAGUGUUAUCACCCAGUAUUGAUAUCUGCUCAGUAAAAUCAGUUUACAGAUUAGUUUUAAAAAUGAACAGUAAUAUUCACUGAAGGAGGGGAUAAUGCACAUUAUUAUGGUAUCAUAAUUUGUAGAAAUCCCAUCAUUGAAGGAAAGAAAAGAAAAAAAUAGUUAUAGUUCAGCUCUUUUGGCACCUUUUCCACACAAUGGUGCCAUGCAGCUUCUAUCACAUUGAGUGAUGUCAGGUCACAUUUAACCUUGAGCAUUAAUUUGGCCUUUCUGUGAGUGUAAUAUUUGGUCUCUGGUAAUUGACAUGGAAAUAAACAACCAUUGUGUCUGAUGGGUGGCCUUUGGCAAGAGCUUUCAGACACUGGGUCAUUGUUACUGUUUAGUCCAUGGAAACUAAACAUUUUUAUUUUUGUGCAUGAGAACUUGUAUAAAGUGUGUUGGUUCCUGGGCCUGUGCUCAAAAUAAUUGGGUUAGUUAUCUGAUGGUAAAUGGCCAGACCAUGUUCAUGCCAUCUUUUGUACAGGUAUUUUAACAUAGCUUAUUUUGUUGGCUUUAAGGAGAAUAUUUAAAAAAGAUAUCCCUCACCGUCCUUGCUAUACUGUCUUUCUCAACUCAUAUACCAGUCUGGUAACUUGUGAUUUGUACAGAAAAAUUCAUUACCUAAACCUACUUUUUCAGUGCUGCCUACAGUGCAUUCACUCAAGGGAACUCCCAGAGUUUGUAUUGAUGACUGAUCCACGUGUGGCCUGAUGAAGGAUGCCUUCUUUCUCUUUAAGUGUAUUACAUAUCUAAUAUAUCUAAUGUGGCUUGUGUGCGGCUGUGGAGUAGUUGUCUGGCAUCCCUUUGUGUAGUUGCCAGUGGGAGUAAACUUACUCUAUGUACCUUUCAAGAUCAGUGGGAUUUUUAAAAUCUUUUUUGAUCAGCAAUGACCUCACACUUUGCCUUAAAAAACCUGUGAGUUUAGUGUAGAUAUGCAUAACUUGAUUUAUAGCAUAGUCUGUUAUUUCUUUCUGCCCUAUCUUCACUUGUGGACCAGUAGGUGUUGCCCCUCAUACUUAGUGCUAUAGGGGUGUGGACUUGCUUGGACAGUUAUGUCAUAAGAGGCUACUGACCUUCCACCAUUGGGUGAUAUAAUAUGAAUAAAAAAAAAUUCUAGUGGUGUUAAGGAUAAUAGCACUCUGGGACCUUAAUAUUUGUCUUCAGAAGGGGGUAUUUAGAAGCUGGUUGAUGUUGAAGGCUGACCAACUUUCUGUUACACUCUCACUAGCAGAUGAUCGGUGGAGGCCAAGUGUGCAUCACUGUAACAUACAGAGUCCUUUGCAAACAGUGACAAGUGCCCAUUUAGAGUCUCUGUGACUGUUACAAAGACUGCAAUGAGGACUUGGCAGUGGUGUGAUGGCUACGUUCUGCCUCAACCUCUCAGGUGUUUUUUGUGUUUCAUGUCUGUUAGUACAAGAAACUUGCUUUUGUCCUCUCACUCUUCCUCGGUCACAUCGACUGUAAAUUCGGUACUGACCUUUCAUUCUCACACGUCUUCUCUGUAUCCUCUUAUUUUCCCAGUUUCUUUUGUUUUCUCUGUUUUUCCUCUUCACUGGUUUACUGUAAAGAGGAUGGUUUGGAUCAACCUCCUCUCUUCAUCACAUGAUUAAGAAUGUUCUCUGUAUUUCUAAAUUCCUCUGACUUUGUUAUUUUUUUUUUAUUAUUACAACUAUUUUUUGAUUGACAAGAUUGGUGUGGUAAAAUUGCAUAGAACUUGUAGAGAGGAAGGAAGGGCGAGUUGGGUGUUUGUGGGUGACUGUAUCUUUGAGAGAGUCGGCAAAAAAAAAAAAGUAUCCUGAGCAUGACAUGGUCUUUGAAGGUUAGAAAGAUUAUCUUGCUCUGUUUGUGAGAGAGAUGUAUCAAAAGUUGGCAGUGCCUUUCUGUUGUUCGAUUUUGUGAAGGAGAACUGAUUGAUAGGAUUGAUAUUUCUGCUACUGUUUUUGCUGCAAUUGUCAUUGAUAAUUAUAUUAAUCAUUGUUAUGAGCUAUGACAGCAAUUGUCAUCAUUAUUAUAAAUUUUUUAAAAGUCAUGUUCAUCAUUAUUGUGAGUAUUAUUUGAUUUUUUAUAUUUUUCUAUUUUUACUACUACUUUGAUAAUUAUAUUUGUGUCCUUGUUUAUCACCUGCACUCUAGAACUUGGUAUAUUGUGUUUAUCCUGUCAUUACUCUUCCCACAUGUGUGGGUUGAUAACAGCCAGAUACAUAAUAUUUGUCAUGUGUAAUAAAGUUUUACACAAAAGUUACACUUACCAACAGUUGGUGUAAGUGGAAAUUAACCCUUGUUAGAAUUUGGUUUUGAAGAUAUACAAAUGUAUUGUACAGAUAACAGUGUGUUCAUUGAAUUUUGGUUGACCAGGAGUGUUGACAAGUGCAAUGUAUAUAGAAUGACCCACUGCUUAUGUCUUCAGACUUUUUGUAUUUCUUGGCAUAGAUUUCUUUCUGUUUGUGUAUAAAUUAGAGAUAUAGAGUGUCUCCUUUUGUAAUGCAGGGAAAUAUGAAUGCCAUAUCCCUGCAUUGAGAUAUCAAUCAAGAAAGGUUUUGUUUAUGAAUAUCUAGAUAGAAGAUGUUUAUUUGACAUGUAUAGUCAUUAUAGCAGUGUGGACAUAAGCAUUUUAAGUGUUACCAAAAUAAGUAUAGGAAGACAAAGGAAAUACCAUUCACAUCAUUGAGACGUGGGAGUACCUUUUGUC